AUUAAAAAGGUUGCAGCUAAACUAGAUGUUUCCCCAGUGAGUGACAUAAUUGGGAUCAACUCAGCAAAUACAUUUGUACGGACAAUUUACGCUGGGAACGCUAUCCAGACUAUUCUGUCGAAGGAGAAGAUCCAGGUUCUGUCGAUUCGUGGCACUUCGUUUGAGCCUCAUCCCCUGGAGGGUGGCAGUGCUAAAACCGAGCAAGCCCCAGCUGGUGAUUAUAAAUCUAAGCAUGUGGAAUUCAUAAACCAGGAGUUGAGUAAAUCCGACAGACCGGAUUUAACGUCAGCCAAAGUCGUCGUCUCCGGUGGACGGGGAUUGAAGUCUGGGGAGAACUUCAAAUUACUUUAUACACUUGCUGAUAAAUUGAAUGCUGCUGUCGGUGCAUCUCGUGCUGCUGUUGAUGCAGGAUAUGUCCCUAAUGAUCUCCAGGUUGGACAGACAGGAAAAAUAGUCGCACCUGAAUUAUAUAUCGCUGUUGGAAUUUCUGGAGCUAUUCAGCAUCUCGCAGGAAUGAAAGAUUCUAAAACAAUUGUUGCUAUAAACAAAGAUCCAGAGGCACCAAUUUUCCAAGUAGCUGAUUACGGUCUAGUGGCGGACCUCUUCAAAGCUGUCCCUGAGCUCAAUGAAAAACUAUAACAAUCUCCACCCGUCGAUCUUCCCUCAAAACUGCAAAAUAUUGAAAAAUAAAAAAUAACACGAUUUUUAUUCCUUGCUAUCGUAAACUGAA